GUAGGAGAGGAGGACCGGCCCGAUGGCCGUGCUCAAGUCGUACUGAGACCAGAGAUACGAUGCCUUGAAUCCGUCAGAGUCGUCGCAGGGUAUCGGGUCGCUAGUGCAGUUGUCUAUGAUGGUCUCGUUGGGGCAGGUGAGGGUGUAGGUUAUGGGCACGCAGAUAGGAGGCGGCCCGACUUUCGGGUAGAAGGUGUCAGAGAGCUGGUAGAGCUUGAAGGAGGCGUCUUCCCCCGUCAGGAGCUGGUCUUCGAGCUCGCGAUAGACGAUGUAUUCUUCGCGGGUGGGCAGAGAAGCUGUGGAGCUCGAGAAGAGACGAGAGAGCGAUACCAGGAAGAGAAACGGCACUACAGCAGCCAUUGUCGGAUUUUCAACGCUGCUGAGGCCAGCAGGUGACGAAUCACUGCUCAAGUGUGCUGACUGCGCAGAUCUGGGUCCAAGGGUCAUUGGUAAACACUGGGUAAAAAGCAGGUAGACAGAGCUAGCAAUGGGGCAAACGGCACCCCGCGGCACUAAGUCGGCAGACGAGCUAGAAGGAGGCCAGGGAGUCACGGUAGCCCACGUACCAGAGAGCAGGGACGACAUUGAAGUCCAGGAACCCGUGUUUGGCUCUCCCAUUGAGACUCCUGGCUAUUCAAUACCUAACGCUGCUGAUGUGAUGAAGACUGGCAUAGAGGCUCUCAACAUACUGGCCGGCCUUCAGGAGGACGACAAAGAACAAGCAGCUCAUCGGUCCAUCCCAAUAGUGUUCCGGUGGGACAGUGGUGGGAAUGAAGUCUACAUCUGUGGCAACUUUAAUAGCUGGGAGACCAAGAUACCCAUGACCAACAGUCAUGGUGACUUUACUGCCAUUGUUGACCUGCCUGAAGGACGGCAUGAGUACAAGUUCUUUGUAGAUGGCCAGUGGCUCCAUGACCCAAAGGAGGAGUGCUCAGAUAAUGGGCUGGGUACCUUCAACAAUGUGGUCACAGUGACAAAGAGAGAUUUCGACGUAUACUUUGAGACACAGGAAUUGACUUCACCCGAAAAAGGUGGUUCCAGUCCGCAGGGAUCCUAUGACCUGAUCAUGCCACCUCGCAGUGCCACCUCUGGUCUCCCUCCUCAUCUCCCCCCUCUCCUCCAGCAGACAGUCCUCAACCAGGAGCCUCCCUCUCUGGUAUAGCUAUGUGCCGGGGUGGGCACCAGUACAAUCUCAUAGAGCCACUAACCGCCCCAUAAAUAUACUUUUCGGAGGCACUGGUCCAUUUCAGCUUGCUGAACAAAACCUCUAUAAUUGUGAGCUGCUGGACUUAUGUAUACCACAUAUACCAACUGUACUAUUAGCUAAAGUAUGGAACCAGUUUUAGAACCACAGCUAAGAUCCACCAUUAGAGAUCGUUAUGUAGCCCUGAUGUGUUGCCAACCACAUCUGACUAGCUCAUUAUGCAAUCUUUAUUCAUGCAUGAGUAGAGAAAGAGAUGAGAUGAAGCUGAUAGCAUUUUAAUGCAGUAA